AUCUAUUAAUAUUAAAUUAAAUAAUAUAAAUAAAUAAAUAAACAAAUUAAAUUAAAUUAAAUUAAACCUUCACUACAAAUACCUCCAACCUUUGACUCCCUCUCUCCAUAACUCUCUCUUCUUCUUCUUCUUCAUGAUAACAAGAAGAAGAAGAAGCACCACCAAGGUCCUCCAAUGGCGUCAUCUUCAAUCACUCGUCUAAACACUUACAUCUCCACCACCUUCAUAGGCCGCCGUUUCAAACUCACAGAACGGAACACAACCUUCACCACCGAACUCCGCGCUGGCACCGCCACCUUUCUAACCAUGGCCUACAUCCUCGCCGUAAACGCUUCCAUCCUCUCCGAUUCCGGCGCCACCUGCUCCAUCUCCGACUGCACCUCUCCUUCCCCUUCCUGCAAAUUCCCUCCAAUCGACCCAGGCUACUCCUCCUGCCUUUCCCGCGUCCGCCGCGACCUCAUCGUCGCCACCGCCGCCUCCUCCACCAUCGGCUCCUUCAUCAUGGGCUUCUUCUCCAACCUCCCUCUCGCUCUCGCUCCCGGCAUGGGCACCAACGCUUACUUCGCCUACACCGUCGUCGGUUACCACGGCUCCGGCAAUCUCCCUUACAAAACCGCUCUCGCCGCCGUCUUCAUCGAAGGUCUCUUCUUUCUCACCAUCUCCGCUCUCGGUCUCCGAGCAAAGCUCGCCAAACUCGUCCCUAAACCCGUCCGCAUCUCCUCCUCCGCCGGCAUCGGUCUUUUCCUCGCCUUCAUCGGUCUUCAAAACAACCAAGGUGUCGGUCUCGUCGGCUACUCCUCUUCCACUCUCGUCACUCUCGCUGCCUGCCCUCGCUCCGACCGUGUCUCUCUCGCCCCCGUCCUCACCUUCCCCAAUGGCACCACCUCUCUCCUCCCCGGCGCCACCGUCUCCAGCCCCAUCCUUUGCCUUCACCACAAGAUGCUCAGCCCUACCUUCUGGCUCGCCGCCGUCGGCUUCCUCAUCAUCGCCUACUGUCUUAUUAAAAACAUCAAGGGCGCCAUGAUUUACGGCAUCGUCUUCGUCACCACCGUCUCUUGGUUCCGCCACACCUCCGUCACCGCCUUCCCUGACUCCCCCUCCGGCGACGACUCUUUCAACUACUUCAAAAAAGUAGUCGACGUUCACAAGAUCCAGUCCACCGCCGGCGCUCUCAGCUUCUCCGGCAUCUCCCGUGGUUACUUCUGGGAAGCUCUUUUCACCUUUCUCUACGUUGACAUCCUUGACACCACCGGAACACUCUACUCCAUGGCUCGCUUCGCCGGCUUCGUCGACGACAACGGUGACUUCGAAGGCCAGUACUUCGCGUUCAUGUCCGACGCCACAGCCAUCGUCGCCGGCUCACUUCUUGGCACUUCACCGGUGACGGCGUUUAUUGAGUCAUCCACUGGGAUCAGAGAAGGUGGCCGGACUGGGUUGACGGCGAUCAUUGUUGCUGGUUACUUCAUGUUGUCUUUCUUCUUCACGCCGUUGCUGGCGUCGAUUCCGGCGUGGGCUGUGGGGCCGCCGUUGGUGCUCGUCGGAGUUUUGAUGAUGAAGUCGGUGGUGGAGAUUGAUUGGGAGGACAUGAGAGAAGCUAUACCGGCGUUCAUGACGUUGAUAUUAAUGCCGUUAACGUAUUCCAUUGCUUAUGGGCUCAUCGGAGGGAUUGGGACGUACAUGGUGUUGCACGCCGGAGAUUGGUCGGCGGUGGGGUGGCGGCGGUUUGUUGGACCAUCUUUGAGGAUGAGAGUGAAGGAUCAAACAGCUACUGUUACUUUGACUUGCAGAAGUAACGGUGGUGAUGCUAGUAGUACUGCUAGUACUAGCAUGAGAGUUGAUGAUGGAGAUGCAAAUGAGAAAAUUCAUGCACUCGUUUAUGGUUGCACAUGGGACGGCCAUAAUCCCAUCAAUGCCACAUUGAAGUCUGUUACCAUCCCAUUAGCUGUUGUUAUACCUUUCACUAAAAAGGCAAAUUCGUCACUGAGAUCUACGAUUUCAAAAGGGGGUCUUCCCAACGGUCACAUUGAAACCCUUGUUCACAGAGCAAUGGCGAGAAGAAGAGAAGGGCAACAACGGAGUUCCGGAGCCUCAUCCAUGGCUUCCCAAGAGAAGGACACCGACGAGGACAACGCUAAGGGCUUCUUCGCUUGCUAUCUCCUCACUUCCUUGAGCCCUCGCCGCAAGGGCCACACCUACAUUGGGUUCACGAUCAAUCCCCGGCGCCGCAUCCGGCAACACAAUGGUGAGAUUAGGUGUGGUGCAUGGAGAACAAAGAGAGGGCGCCCUUGGGAAAUGAUACUCUGCAUCUACGGCUUCCCUUCAAAUGUCACUGCACUUCAGUUUGAAUGGGCUUGGCAGCAUCCAGUGGAGUCUUUAGCAGUCAGGAAGGCAGCUUCAAGCUUCAAAUCACUCUCAGGCAUUGCCAAUAAGAUCAAAUUAGCAUACACUAUGUUAACUCUUCCAGCUUGGGAGAACUUAAACCUCACUGUAAAUUUUUUCUCAACAAAGUACAUGAAGCAUACUGCUGGUUGCCCAAGGUUGCCGAAGCAAAUGAGGGUUAAUGUGUGUCCCAUGGAUGAACUUCCUUGUUAUUUAGAAGGUCAGAUUUCAGAUCACAGCAAUGAAGGUGAAGAUGAAGAAGAGGAUGAGAAUGAAUCUAUUCAGUAUGACAAUGGCACAAUGGAAAGUGCUAGUGUUGAAAGAAAUGUUUUUUCUGAUGAUCCAAUGGAUGAUAUCAGACCAAGAUUAGUGCCAAAAUGCUCAAUUUCCUCAAUUGAAUAUGCAGAUGAAUCUAUUGAAGGUGGAAGUUCAGUGAUUGAUGCAUUGGAAUAUGUUGAUGAUUUGAGAAGGGAGUCAUUAGAGGAUUUCAGACUGCAAUUGGGAGCUGAAUCUCCUCCUAUGUCCAUUGACAAGAAUAACAAGUUACAAUGGGAUACUUCUCUUAAAUCAUGCAAUCAAGAAUCACAAGUUCUUGAAGGAAAAUGUUUCGACAGUUUGAGACCGCCUUCUACUCCGAAGACCGGCAAUAAUCGAGUUUCUUCUGAAGAUAUUCUUUUUUCACCGGAAGACAAGAUAAUAAACUUGGUAACACCUUGUAAUAAGCCAGCUUCAGUCUAUCCAGACAUCAUAGACUUAACUGCCUCUCCUAUUAUUAUACAACUUUGAUAUCAGCUCUGGCAUAUGUUGUAUUCUUUAAUCUUCAUUUCCUAAAUUUGUCUAUUAUUUCCAUCACUUUAUUUGUACUUUGGUGAUGAUCUUAUGAACCAGAUUUAUGUGAUUCAUAACUCAUCAAGAUCAUUGAUGUGAUGUUUUUAGGAUAAAGAACCAUGAUUUGUCAAAACAUGUCAUCCACAAAGAGACUAUUACAUUCCAACAGCUUCUAUUCUAUCAAGAUUGAUUUAGAGUGAUUCCUUUUGCACCUCACCCUUUUCCUUCAGACAAUUCCUUUUUAAUUUUUUUAAUUGAUACAUGUUUUUUUGCUACUAAAUUAAUUGGCUUAUUUCUAAAGAUAAACGGCAUUCAUUAGUGCAAACAACUGUAGUUAGAUUCUAAAUCUGUUUUAUUAGUAUAUUAAUAUUUUAUGAAAAGAAACACUUUACCUACCUGCAC